AUGACCAGGCUGACAGAUAUCAAAAAACACCAUGAGAAAACUUUGAGAGGAAAUUUGAUAAAUAAGAAUGAUCAACUGAACCAUGUGAAAUCUGAGUAUGACAAAAGGAAAAGAGAAAUUAUUAAGGAACUGACGAAAAUGAUGUCUGAAUUGGAGGUUCAUACAACAGACUGUGAACAUUCAGUGAGGUUCACUAGAAGUGAAAUCAAUGAUGACUUAAUUGAGUCUUUGAGGUCUGUUUCCACAAGGAUCUGUCAUCACAAACAUCAGUACAGAUCCACUGGUACCUCUCAGUCAGGUAUAUCUCAGUCAGUGGACGGUGGACUCCAAGUCACCUUGAGAGAAAAAAACUCAGAUCCUUACAAGUUAGACUCACACAGCAGACGUCUGGUGAGACACAUGGCAUUGGCAGAAGAUGUCAUCCAUGAGUAUGAGUACCAGGAGGACGGUCACACCAGACUUUUUACAUGGCCAUUCAGAGUCACACAGAACAAUAACAGUGAUAUCUGUGUUGUGAACCAAACAAGUGACACUACAAGUAAUCUAGUGAUUAUAUCUCCCACUGGUCGUACAAAGCUUAUCUACUGUGGACAGAACCUGACAGAAAACUUUAAUCCAGGUGAUGUAGUGUGUGACUCGUUUUGUAACAUCCUUGUAACAGACCCACGAAACAACCAAAUCCAUCUGUUGAUUCCUGAUGGGGAGUUUCUGAAGUUCUUGCUGACAGAGAAUGAAGCGAAACAUCCAUAUUCACUGUCCCCCUACAAGUCUACGCUGUGGGUAGGAUACCAUAAGGGACUUGUCAAAAUUUUUAAAUACACAUUACAGUGUAACAUGUAA